AUGGCGGAUAGUAAGAGCACACCUCAGGCCCUCUCCGUCGUGACUUCUUCCGACAAGGCACAAUCUGAGGUGACACAAAAUGGUGUCAACUACCACGAUGAUGAUGACCUGAGCUCGCCCAGGUCUCCCACCUCUCCAGGCUCUCCAGGAGCUUCUCCCGCCUCUAAGAACGCCAAGAAGAACGCCAAGAAGAGGGAAAAGGAGAAGGCAAAGAAGGCCGCUGCUAGGGCCCUGGCGCUGGCUGAGGCCGAAUCUCAGCCAGUAACAGAGUCUGAGGCUGCCCAUGACGAGCAUGAGGAUAGCGGCGCCCCGAACGACGCCGAAAAGAAAAAGAAAAAGAAGAAGAAGAAGUCCAAGUCCAAGACCAGCAAGGACCUCUCGACAUCUAUCGCUUCCAUCCUUGGAGAGCAGCCUGCGCAAACAGAGACUGCUGAGCAGACACCAGAAAUCAAGCCCGCCGUUGAGGAGCAGCAAGAGCAGCAAAUCGAGGAGGUCAGCCAACCAAGUGAGCCCGCGCCGGAGCCUGAGACCGUGGAAGUUGAGGAGGCCGAGCAGCCCGUUGCCGACGCCCAGGUCGAAGAGUCCAAGCCCGAGGAAGCCCCUGCGCCAGGAUCGACUGAACAGACACCGGCGAUGACAACCGAGGAGGCUCCUACGGCCGUCACUGAACCCGUGAGUACCGAAGAGCAAGUUCCUGCCCAGCCUGAGGAAGAAACCACCACUACCACCACCACCACCACAUCCUCCCAGGAUGAAUCCGCUCCGACAUACGCCGAGGUUGCUGAGUUGAAGGAGGGAGACUCGCCUGCUUCCGAGGUUGUUGUACCUGAGGCUACUGAGGUCACCCCCGAGCCCGCCUCCAGAGUCGUUCUCGAAACCGACGAGGUCCGUGAAAGCGCCGAACCAGUCGAUACCGAGGUCCAGAUUGUCGAGGAGACGAAAGCCUCAGGAGUUGACAACACGCCAAUUGAGAGUGUUGAGGCUCCCGAAGUCAAGGCUGAGGUUGAGGAUGACGUCAAUAUCCCUGAGGUCCCCGCCCAAGGCAAGGGUGGUCUCUCUCACAUUUUCUUCCAUCUUCCCGAGAUGACAGAAGAGGUGAAGGAUACUACUAUUCUUGUUUCUGAAGAGACCCAGGCUUCUGUCGAGGAAACUCAUGUCGAGGAGGAGAAGACCGAAACUCCUGUUGCCAAGGAGGCUGAGACCCCUGCUCCCGAAGAGAAGGCCGAGGCACCCGUUAUCGAGGAAGUUGAGGCUUCUGCUCCCGAAGAGUCUAACGUCGAGGAGAAGACCGAAGCCCCUGUUGUUGAGAAGGCUGAGACCCCUGCUCCCGAAGAGAAGACUGAGGCCGCCGCUGCCGGGGCAAUUGAGGCUCCUGCUUCUGAGGAGACUGUCGAAACAUCUGCUCCCGAAACCAAGACUGAAGCUCAGGAGGAGAAGCCUGAAACUACCGCCAAGGAAGAGGAACCUGAGGCUUCCGUCACUGAGACCCCUGUCGAGCAGGAUGCUGAGGUGCAGGAGAAGGUCGAGGCCCCUGCUGCCGAGGAAAAGACCGAGGUUCCCGAAGAGAAGCCCGAGACGCCCGUUGCUCAGGAGGAAAUCCAGGCUAAGAUCGAGGAGUUCGUCGAAAGCGAGAGGCCUGUCGAAGCGGAGGAAGAGAACAAGCAGGAGGACGUUGAGAAGUCUUCUGAGCCUGCCGCUGCCGAGAAGCCUGUUUCUGAAGAUGACACCCUUCCCGAGGCUGUUUCUGAAACCUCCGCUGUCGAGGAGUCUAAGACCGCUGAGGCUGAGCAAACCCCCAUUGUCGAAGCAGUCGAGGCUGUGGAGGAGACCGAGGCUGCUGAGGAGCUCAAGACUGUCGAAGAGGCUCAGACCGUUGAGACUUCUGCUGUUGAGGAGGUCAAGGUUUCUGAGCAGGCUCCUGCUGUUGAGGAGUCCAAGCCCGUUGAGGAGACUCCGAUCGUCGAGGAGGUCAAGACUGUUGAAGAGUCCAAGCCCGUUGAGGAGACCCCCGCUGCUGAGGAGGUCGAGGUUUCCGAGCAGGCCCCUGCUGUUGAAGAGUCCAAGCCCGUUGAGGAGACUCCGAUCGUCGAGGAGGUCAAGGUCGAGCAACAGGAAGUUGCUGCCGAAACCGCGAAGGGAGAGCCUGUUCAAGAGACUGCGGCCGAGCCUUCCAUCGAAAGCGCCACCGAGACUGCCACUGCCGCUAUUCCUGAGACGGCCCCUGAACCCGCCGUUGAGGAUAUCAAGCUGGCUAUCACCGAAUCCGCCACUAAGAACGUCGCCGAUGCUGCUGAGGCUGUUGAGACUGUGGCUGAGCCGGACUCCCAGGUCGUUGAAUCUACUCCCGAAGUCAAGGCUACCGAUAUCGCCCAGGUGGAGGCGUCUGAGCCCGUCACUGCCAAGGCUGAGGAUCACGACGAGAAGCCAAUUCCAGUUGAGGAGACUGUUGGUGAGUCAAAGGCAGUUUUGCCGGUUGAUGAUUCGAUUAAGGACAAAAUCCAAGACACAGUUGCUGCGCCCGUGCAUGAUGAUGUCAAGGAGGUGGUUGUCGAGGAGCAGACUACAGGUGAGGACAAGACUGCCAUUGAAGGGGAAUCUACCAAUGACAGCGUUCAAGUACCCACGGACGCUGUCAGCCAUGAGAAACCUGCUAGCGUUCAACAGGCUGUCGAGGAAGCUCCGGUGGUAGAGACUGAAGAGGAAGCUACCGACAAGCCCGGGUCUCCUCUCAGCGAGACGUCCGUCACAAAGGAUGUCGAGGAACCCGAGAAGAAGGACACCGACGAGAGCAAGUCCAAUGCCACGGAGAUCGCCGUCGGCGCAGGCAUUGCUGUUGCUGGUGCUCUGGGAGCCGCCGCUGUUGCGGUUGCCGACAAGGUCACCGAAGUCUCCAAGCCCGUCACAGAAAAGGUCGUUGAAGUCACCAAGCCCAUCAUUUCGGAUUCUGCACCAAAGGUCGCCACGCUCGAGCGUUCCGCAGCUCACGGUCAAACUGAGGCUGGCUCACUCAUUGCCGAGCGCCCCAAGCCCGAGUCCAAUCCCCAGGCGGUCACUGAAGAUGUCAAGUCGACUUCAUCAGUAGAGGCUGAAGCACCCGAGAUCGUUGAUGAGACGGUGCCGCUCUCCGAAUCCUUUCACGUUGUGGAGAAGGAAGCACCAGCUGAAGAAGAAGCUGCAAAAAUUGAUGGAAAGAAGGGAGCUUCUUCUGAAGAUGGUGAGGAAAAAACAAUCCAGUCCGUUGACCAGAAAGGAACACAGACUGAUAACGCUCUUAAUCCUCAAAGGCUCCCAACAGAAGACAGGACAACCAACCAGGUCUCGGUGGACCAGCGUGUACCCACAUCUGCUGUCGUUCUCCCUGAUCUUGACGAUCCUGUGGCUCAGGAAGUGAGCCGCGCCCGCAAUGAGCGGGGGCCGGACAGGAACACCAUUAAGCAAGCAGAGGAAAUGGUCGCAGCAGCAGUAGUCAUCUACGCCACAGCCGAUUCUUCAAGCCCAGCUGCCACUGCCACAGCUGACAAGCCGGAAAUUAACGCCCUUGGUCUCUCAGGAGUGCCUUCCGAGGCGGAUGUGAAAGGAAAGGGGAAGGAUGUCGAGCCUCCAUCACCCACCGCCAGCAAGGACGCUCACAUCAAGAACGUCGAGACCACAUCGGACCCGACCAUUGUUCAACAGGGAUCCUCUUCACCGGAGCUUGGGCGGUCUAGCACAACAAGACUGCGGAGAUCACUCAAAUCGAGGGAAUCCCAGGAAGCAAGCAACAAGGAGAACAAGGGCACGGAGCGCGGACACAGCAAGAAGAGCUCGAUCUCAUCCGUCUUCAAGUCCAAAAAGCAAUCAUCCACUGCAUCGGACGAGUCUGUGGAAGCUGUGUCCCCCACUUCGUCGGCUGGCGGUACGGACCCUUCGUCACCGACACAGGCCGCCGCUCACCGCCAAAAAAGGGAAGAGCGAAGGAAAGAUGCAAAGGAAGGCAAGAAAACUGGCUUUAGGGCUGCCAUCAGGCGCUUCUUUGGCAGCAGUUAAAGGCCUGACACUUGGGCUUGUUACUUCUUUUCGGAUUCAGGGGGUGGCUGC